UCUCUGCUAGCAUUUAAACAAAAUGCCGAUCAAAAUAUUUUAAGAACUGAAUUCCAGUAUAUAUAUCUCGUCAGUAAAAAUCAUUAUUAUUGUUUAUAUCUCUGAUACGCGUUUGACUGCUGGGAACUUAAUAUUUCAUAGAAGACCCCCUUGGGUGCUAUUUUCACUUUUUGAUCUUAAUUACGAUGUGCAUUUCACGAUUAGCAUAACGAUGGACUUUUGCCCUUCACAGUUGUUUUCAGAUUUGAAGAAAUUAAGAAAUUUAGAGGGAGAAAGCUAUGAAAUUUUAACAAAAAUUCUGUAGACCACUUCGCCUCAAGGUUCAAGCUCGCUUAUCAUCUCAAAGAUGCGUGAAUUGGAAGACAGAUGAAUUGAAAUACAAGACUCGUUUACUAAUCAAAAAGUUAUUGGCAGCGUCAAGAUGAAUACCUCUAUCGCAUUCACAAAUUUUAAUUUUACUUCAAAAGCGCACUCAACUCAAGAACCUUUGAAACUCUUCGAAUUACCGAUGGUUUUGGUCAUCAUAACCACAUUUAUUAUGAUUAUAGUUCUGAUUCUUACAGUAGUUGGUAAUUUGGCGGUAAUGAUUGUGUUUGCUUCAAGCGAUUUACUGAGAUCUACCGUAAACAAUCAUUUUUUAUUCAGUCUCGCUAUGGCAGAUUUGCUUGUUGGACUUUUGGUAAUGCCAUGCGCAAUUGAUGCUUUAAGGACUCAGAGAUGGCGCUGUGGUGUUUUUCUGAAGUACUUUACUGGAUUUGGCAAUUUUUGUUUCUGUAUCUCCUCAAUAAUGCAUCUUAUGAUGCUUUCUGUGGAUAAAUAUUUAUCAAUUAUCAAACCGUUGAAAUAUCCUAGUAUUAUGACUCAGAGACGUGUGUAUUUAAGUUGUAUAUUACUUUGGUUGUAUUCGGCCUUCUGGGCACUGCUCCCCCUUAUGGGAGUGAGUUCAUACGAAUGCUUCAUCCCUUAUAUUGGAUUCUGCGCAUCAGAGGAUUGGUCUAUGUAUGGACUUAACUUUGCCUUUGCAAUAUCUGUAGUAAGUGGAACGUAUGGUGUGGCUUUAGUUGUUAUGUUCGUCGUUUACUGGAGAAUUGCCAAAGUAAUCAAAGACCAAACUUUCAAGAUUAAUCCAACAGCGCCUAAAAUGGCCGAACACGAAGAAAAAAAGCAGAAAAAAUCCAUGAAACAGAAAUUAUUAACGAAACACAAAGGAGUUUUAACGCUUAUAACUCUUAUCGUAACUUACCUGAUAUGCUGGUCACCAUUUUGCAUUCUGCUAUUCGUUGAAAUAGGCAAAGGAGAAAAGGUUGACACGGCAAUUUCUCUGAUUGGGAUGCUUACAGGAUUUGUGAACAGUUGCUGCAAUCCAAUUAUAUACUGGGCUAAGUAUAGCUCUUUCCGCAGAGCGGUCUUACGCAUGUGCAAGAAGGGUUUUCCAUUCUUGCCAAGCUCGUUCGGUAGCAAUGCAAUUCAUGAUAUGUCCCAAACUGGACCUGGUUAUGACACGGCGGAGCCAAGUUUAUACGUCGAUAGGAUUAUGAAAUACGAAGCCCGAAAGUCUUUAAAACCUUGUGCAGUUUAUAACGAUGUGCCAGUAGAAAUGAAGGACUCUACGAAUGAAUGAAGAGUCAUUAUGUAAUAAUUUUUAAAAACAACGUCGCCAUCUCGAAUUAUUGAGUUUUUUUCUGGGAACUUUUCCUUCCUUCCUAUCCUUCCUUUCUUUUCUUUUUUUUCUUAUCAGAAGUUUAUAAGUGCGAGAUUUAUAGAAUUUUCAGAGAUAGAUAGCGCUGUUUGAACUUGUGCCUAGACCCUCACAUGAUUGUAUUCGGAACAAAGACGGCGAUCAAAGUUAUACUAUAUUUAUUCAUAAAUGUAGAAUUGAAAGUUUUACAAAAUAAAAAAUAGAUUUUGUAUAAAAAUUGA